GUCCCCAUUUCCUUCACCCGACAUUUGAAUGCGCCACGCCACGCUGACCUCCUUCUCUAUGCGCGGCCGGCAUUGGAGGACAGAGGCGCCAUUUUGCGACAAGUUGUAUAACUACUGUAAAAAUGUACCCUUCCACGCUCACGCAGCUGGCACGGGCAAAUCCCUUCAGUGCCCCGCUGUUCAGGUUGCAGAAAGUCGAGGAGCCCGCACAGACAACCGUCGUCCCUGCACAGAAACGCAGGCUUGCAGCAGCUUCAGUGACUGAGACGGGCGAUAGCUGUGAGUUUGGUUCUAUGAAAUACUACGCCCUCUGUGGCUUCGGGGGCAUCCUGAGCUGCGGUAUCACACACACAGCUGUUGUGCCUCUCGACUUGGUCAAGUGUCGCAUCCAGGUGGAUCCAGCUAAGUACAAGACCAUCUUCAAUGGAUUCUCAGUCACAAUCAAGGAAGAUGGGAUACGGGGGCUUGCUAAGGGGUGGGCACCCACCUUCAUUGGAUACUCCAUGCAAGGUCUUUGCAAGUUUGGUUUCUAUGAGGUCUUCAAGAUCCUAUAUGGUGACAUGCUUGGAGAGGAAAAUUCUUACCUGUGGAGAACCUCACUGUACCUGGCAGCCUCUGCGAGUGCGGAGUUCUUUGCUGAUAUAGCUCUGGCCCCUAUGGAGGCAUGUAAAGUGCGCAUCCAGACCCAACCUGGCUAUGCCAACACCCUAAGAGAGUGCGCCCCCAAGAUGUAUGCUGAGGAGGGCCUCUGGGCGUUCUACAAAGGUGUCGUCCCUCUGUGGAUGAGGCAGAUUCCCUACACUAUGAUGAAGUUUGCCUGUUUUGAACGCACGGUUGAGAUGCUCUACAAGUACGUGGUGCCCAAACCACGCAGCGAGUGUAGCAAGCCUGAACAGCUGGUGGUCACCUUCGUGGCUGGUUAUAUUGCUGGUGUGUUCUGUGCAAUCGUGUCCCACCCUGCUGAUUCUGUGGUGUCUGUGCUGAACAAGGAGAAGGGAAGCACAGCUACUCAAGUACUCAAGAGACUCGGACCCAUGGGUGUUUGGAAGGGUCUGUUUGCCCGUAUCAUCAUGAUCGGUACCCUGACAGCCCUGCAGUGGUUCAUCUAUGACUCUGUCAAGGUGUACUUCCGCCUACCCCGUCCUCCUCCCCCUGAGAUGCCAGAGUCCUUGAAGAAGAAGCUGGGUCUCACUGAGUAGAGAGCAGCACCAUCCACCAUCCCUUAUUGUCAAUCAUGUUCCUUCCUUUUUUCUAUAUAUUUAAGCUCCUGCUGCCCUGUAACCCCCCAGGCUGCUGCUCAUAUCUUCCAUCUCCAUGGUGAGAGGGACUUCCUCCAUGUAUGGAAGCAUCACUAGACUAUGACAUGAAUGAAUGCCACCUGAUUUUAAAAUGCAUCAAUAGUAUGAUUUAAAAAAAACAAAAACAAAAAAACAAGUAUUUAGAAAUGUAUGCAGCUGUCAUUUUUCUGUAUAGAUGUCUUCGCACAUUUCUCUGGGUUGCCUGAGUUGAAUUGUUAAUGGUCAACUUCAUGACCCCAAAAGUAUUGUGAACACUCCAACUCAGAGAACACCACAGUACAAGUCUGAAUAUUUGUUGAAUGAAAGGGAUGAAAUAAAGGACCUUAACUAA